GCGGGGUCGUUCGGACGCGGCUCAGGCCCGCGGGUACUCGGAGGUCGCCGGGCCGCCCGCGCUGCCGCCCCUCGUUUGACGCACGCAGGGGCAGGACGCGAUUUGCAGCGAGUGACUGGAGCCGCGCCGCCGCCGCCGCCGCCACCGCCUCCGCCGCGCGGGCCCGUUUUGCUUCAGCCCGCUUUCUGCCGUCUCGUCCUCCGUCCGCGUCUCAUUCGCGUCCCCGUGUCCUCCCCACCGUCGCGGAGCAACCAGUCGCCAGCGUCAGCACCAGCUAGAAGUAAGGAAGUUCACUGGAGUAAAAUGGAGGCUUCAGUAAUAUUACCCAUUCUGAAGAAAAAACUGGCCUUCCUUUCAGGAGGAAAGGACAGACGAAGUGGCCUCAUCCUGACAAUUCCAUUAUGCUUGGAACAGACAAAUAUGGAUGAGCUGAGUGUCACCUUAGACUACCUACUCAGCAUUCCCAGUGAAAAGUGUAAGGCUAGAGGAUUUACCGUGAUUGUGGAUGGCAGAAAAUCACAGUGGAAUGUGGUGAAAACAGUAGUCUUAAUGCUACAGAAUGUUGUUCCAGCUGAGGUGUCCCUUGUUUGUGUGGUGAAGCCAGAUGAAUUCUGGGAUAAGAAAGUAACACAUUUUUGUUUUUGGAAAGAAAAGGAUAGACUUGGCUUUGAGGUUAUUUUAGUGUCUGCCAAUAAAUUGACACGUUACAUAGAACCAUGUCAGUUAACAGAAGAUUUUGGUGGAAGUCUUACCUAUGAUCACAUGGACUGGUUAAAUAAGAGGCUGGUUUUUGAGAAGUUUACAAAGGAAUCUACGUCAUUAUUAGAUGAACUUGCUUUGAUUAACAAUGGAAGUGAUAAAGGAAAUCAAGAGAAAGAAAGGUCUGUGGAUUUAAACUUCCUUCCAUCAGUUGAUCCUGAAACAGUUCUUCAGACAGGGCAUGAAUUGUUAUCCGAAUUACAGCAGCGUCGAUUUAAUGGCUCAGAUGGAGGGGUGUCAUGGUCUCCUAUGGAUGAUGAACUGCUGGCACAGCCACAGGUUAUGAAAUUAUUAGAUUCACUGCGAGAGCAAUAUACCCGUUACCAGGAAGUUUGUAGGCAACGUAGUAAGCGUACACAGCUAGAAGAGAUUCAGCAGAAGGUGAUGCAGGUGGUGAACUGGCUGGAAGGACCUGGAUCAGAACAACUAAGAGCCCAGUGGGGGAUUGGAGAUUCCAUUCGGGCUUCCCAAGCCCUGCAGCAGAAGCACGAAGAGAUUGAGAGCCAGCACAGUGAAUGGUUUGCAGUAUAUGUGGAGCUUAAUCAGCAAAUUGCAGCACUCUUAAAUGCUGGGGAUGAGGAAGAUCUUGUGGAACUGAAGUCCCUGCAGCAACAACUUAGUGAUGUUUGUUAUCGACAGGCCAGUCAGCUAGAAUUUAGGCAAAAUCUUUUACAAGCAGCUCUUGAAUUUCAUGGGGUUGCCCAAGAUUUGUCUCAGCAGUUGGAUGGCUUAUUAGGGAUGUUGUGCGUAGAUGUAGCACCAGCUGAUGGAGCAUCGAUUCAGCAAACUUUAAAACUGCUUGAAGAGAAGCUGAAAAGUGUUGAUGUAGGAUUGCAAGGUUUGCGUGAAAAAGGUCAAGGUCUGUUGGACCAGAUCUCCAAUCAGGCAUCCUGGGCCUAUGGAAAGGAUGUAACCAUCGAAAAUAAAGAAAAUGUGGACCACAUUCAAGGAGUGAUGGAAGAUAUGCAGCUUAGAAAACAAAGAUGUGAAGACAUGGUAGAUGUACGAAGGUUAAAGAUGCUUCAGAUGGUGCAGUUGUUUAAAUGUGAGGAAGAUGCUGCCCAGGCAGUAGAAUGGCUAAGUGAACUUCUGGAUGCUCUGCUUAAGACCCACAUCAGAUUGGGCGAUGAUGCUCAGGAAACGAAAGUUUUACUGGAAAAGCAUAGAAAAUUUGUUGAUGUUGCACAGAGUACUUACGACUAUGGAAGACAGUUGCUACAGGCCACAGUUGUGUUGUGCCAGUCUCUGCGCUGCACUUCUCGAUCAUCUGGGGAUACACUUCCUCGACUGAACAGAGUAUGGAAACAGUUUACAAUAGCAUCUGAAGAGAGAGUACAUAGGCUGGAAAUGGCCGUUGCAUUUCACUCAAAUGCUGAAAAGAUUUUGCAAGACUGUCCAGAAGAGCCUGAAGCUAUUAAUGAUGAGGAGCAAUUUGAUGAAAUUGAAGCAGUUGGGAAAUCACUUUUGGAUAGAUUAACUGUUCCUGUAGUUUAUCCUGAUGGAACUGAACAAUAUUUUGGGAGUCCAAGUGACAUGGCUUCUACUGCAGAGCAUAUCAGAGACAGGAUGAAACUUGUUAGUCUCAAAAGACAGCAGCUGAGACAUCCUGAAAUGAUGACCACAGAGAGCUAAUAGCUCCAGCUUCCCCGAGAUCUGCGUUCAUAAUAAUCCCGCAUGUCGUCAGCACACUACAGCAUUAGCCACAAUACAUUAAGAUACAUUUCACAACCAAGAUAAGCCUCUUUUCUUUUCACUAUACAUUUCUCUCUACAUGUUAACACCUUGCAACUACCAAGGCAUAAUAAUUUAACAUGCUUUGAGACCGUAGACUCCAAGUAUCUUAAAGAAGGAACUGUAAACAUUGCACUGAAAACUUGCUUUAAAGCUUUACCUGACCUGUCAGUUUGUAGAUGAACAACUGAUAAUAAGCUUUGAAUGGUGCUAAUAAGAGUUUGGGAAUUCUCUCUAUAAAAAUGGUUGCCCUCCCUCCCCAGGUGAUAUAGUAAAUUUUGGCUAUGGUUAAAUGGUUAUCAGUAAACAGUGGUGUCCUCAAAAUUUUACUUUGUAAUUAUUCUUCAAAAUUGAUUUUUAUCAUAUCAGUAUGAAGAAAACCUUCAGAUCUUUGAUAUAUCCUAUUCAUUAAAAGACAUUUUUCUAUUUGUACUGAUAAUGUAUUAAAAGUUGUUUGUGCUUAAUAAAAGACUUCUUUUAAACAUCUUAUUUAAUUUGGUGGUUAUAUCCUAUUUCCAAACUUGAGUACCUUAUUAAAAAGGGCAUUCUUAGGAUUGUGAGGUUGGUUUAAUAUUCGUUUUUUCAAGUUGGUUGCAUGUGUUUUAGCCAGGAAGUUUGUAUGUAAGCAUGUGUAUAUAAUAAGUAAGCAUGUUUUGUCAUGAAAAAAAAUUGUGAAGAACAAUUUAGAUCUUUUAAGAACUUAUAAGUAAUGGAGUACUAUUUCAAAUUUUUCUCUACUUCAACUUGAAAAAUUUUACCCAAAUUAUUAACUACCCUCAAGAUACUUUGUCUUUGGAGGAGGAGGGCUGGGGAGGAAGUCAUACAUAAGUACUUAUGUGUAAUCCUUUAAAUCAGAGUUGUCUUUCUGAAACUAGAGUAGCAAUUGUUAAGUUUAAUUUCUCACGGUAGACUAGAAGCAAAAUUCUAAAGUAGUCUAGUACAAAAACUGUGCUAGAAAUAAAACUGUUUUAGAAAUAAAAUUUAUAAAAUGCUAGUGCUUUUAAGUUUAUAUUAGGUUUAAAUGGUAAAUGCAUAUAAUUUAAUUUUGUGUACAUUUUUAUUCCAGAAAACGUUUUUGAAAAAGAUGAAAAGUAAUUUUUUAGUCUGUGAUCAAUAUAAAAUUAUGCAAAGAACUGUAUGCUAGUUCCUUUUCUUCAAAAAUGCUCAUGUAUCCUCCAAUGGAAAAAACUCCCUCUGAACCUGCUGGUUCCUCUAGCCUUCUUCACACUGCCAGACUUCUUGGAGAAAUCCGUAUCCAUUGCCUCUACAUCCUCAUUGCUCACUGCUCAGCAACUUGCGGUCUGGUUUUACACAGCACUGCACUGAAACUGCUCUAAGUGGGUUCCCAGUUAGUGAAUUGAAUGACUUUUUUCUCAGUCUGCAUUCUUACCCUCCUCUGUUUCUGCCACAUUUACACCAUUGAGCAACCUUUCCUGGACAGUGUCUCCUCCCUUGAAGAUGUUAUCCUCUGCCAUAACUGUGAGUACCGUCGCAACACUUAUUUAAGGUAUAUCUACAAAUGUGCUCUCUCAGAUUCUGUCUUCAGAAUGCUUCCUAAUCUCAUCUUUAGGGCUUCUGUUUUAUCUCAAUGUCCUUUCAACCUAGAUGAAGUUUUUAUAAUAUUUUUAUCUUUCUCGUCUUGGAGCAAUUUCAGUUAAAGGUGCAGCCUCUUUUCUAGUUAGACAUGCCAGAAAAUCUGGGAGCAGCAUUCAGAUGUUCCUUCUUGUCUUGUGCUGCCACUGCUUCUGAAACAGCCAGGAAGUUCUUUUUUAUGUUUGAUAAUCCUCUCAGUCUUUUAGGGCUUAACUUCUCAAAACUUUUGUGAUUCUUCACUUUAGUCUUCAUGAUGGUGCUAACCACAUGCUACAAUAGUUUGUGUUCACCUGCUUCACUAUAAGCUCUUCCGAGGGAAGGAAUCCUGUGGGGCUUCUGUUCCCAGACCUUUGCUCAUGCAUAAUAGUUGCUCAGUUCCCCUGUAUGUGAAUGGUCUUUAUAGGCAUUAGUAAUAAUCCCUCAUAUUGUAGUCUGAUGUGUGUUUUGAACAUAUUUUCUAAAGUUAGGACUGAGUGAAUCUACUCAUAAGUCAUUUGGUAUUUUGGAUACUUCAAUACUAGCUAAUUUAGGUACUCAGUUAUACUCAAUAACUAUUUCAUCUACUGAAUUUCACAGUAAAAAUGUUUUAAGACUUUGCUAGGAAAGGAUUGAUUGUAAACACUGAGACUCAGUUCUACCAUCAACUCACCUGCUUAUCAAAUGAGUUAAUUUUUAUAUGCCUUAAGCUAUCCUGCCUACAGCGAAAGAAAAUAAGGCAACGUCUAGAAAUGUUAUUUGUAAUUUGAGUAUUUCAGAUGAAGCUAAAUACACUUUUAACAUGAAUAUUGUUGCUCUUCAUUUGUAAAUUUGUUGCUGCUUUCUAUAUGUAAAUCUGUAUAUACACGUACAAUUAUGAAUGAAAACCCAACAAUACCCUAGUGUGAUUUUUUUUCAUAGUUCAGUUAGAGUACAUGUGAAGGAAGUAACUGUAGUCUGUUUGAAAUCAUGAGCUUUUUGUACAUAAUAAAAACGUUGGCUGGAAAAUGGAGAAAGAACCAUCAUUUCUAAUUGGUGUAUGCCACACUUUCCACAUUACCUUAGCCCACCUCAGGGAAUUAUUGAAGUGUUAAUUGGGCUAGUUCUGUUGUAGUUUGUUUGGUUGGUUUGGGGGAUUUUUUUUUUUCCUUAUCAUGUAUUUAUUUGCUCUUGUGUAAAUUCAUUAUCUGCAGUUUUGGUAUUUAUUGACACAUGUCUAACCCAGCAGCAUUAAAAUGCAAAGAUGAUAACUUCAUCUUAGAUAAAAUUGGCUUUAUUCCCAGUCCUCAUUGUUGAUGAACCUUACUCUGCUAGGGUGACAUUUGUGAUAUGGAUGAAACUGCUCAGCCUGUCAGCCAGGGUGUUGAUUUCAGGUCUAGGAUUCAUUGCUGUGGAGAAGAUUGGAUACUUCUCUCACUUCAUAGGUAUUUAAAUUGGCCAGUACUUCCAAGUGUUACCUAGUAUUGAUGUGUUUGUUGUUUGUUUCAUUAUCCCAUCAAUUGACAAAUGUGUUAUUUAGUUAAUUAUUAUAGUUAGUGGCAUACUGCUUAAUAUGAACAUGACAAUUAAUUUUCUGAUAGUGCCGAGCAAACCAUAUUCUCUGAUCUAAACCCAUUGUAACCAAUGGUGUGAUUGUGAAAGAUGCUGAACCUGUCUCACCGUACAGUCUACUUUUGGGGAAAAUUCAGAGUUCUCUACUACAUUCUAAGUUCCUUGCCAGAGAGUUGGGCAUUACUAGUACUUUUCCUUCACCAGACCAUAGCAAAAGAAAAACUGAUAAAAACUAAAUAUACUAUGGGUGCUAAAGUCCUCCACAUCUUGAGCCUAUUAAAAAAUGGCACAGGAAACUAACAUCAGUAAAUAUCAUCAAUGACGAUAUUUCCAUGAUUGAGGUAUCUUGGCUUAAGCCAUCCAUGGAAAAUGUCUGUAGGAUUAAAAUGGAGGGUUGGAACAUAGCUGCACACAGUUAACCUGAUUAAAAACUUAACCAGUAUUAACUCUAGUUCUAAAAGGAAAAAAGCCUCAGUUGAGAGUGGAAAACACUCCUCAGUAGGGUAACAAAUACCCUGAUAAGGCAAAGUGAAAUACAGAUUAAACAUCUGAUAUUAUUUGACUUUAGUGUGUGUUAAUAAAAAUCUGGGUUUUGCUAAGAAGCAUAAAUGAUAGCAAGAAUAGUAGAGGAAAGAUCAUAAAAGCUAAAACAAUAAUCAUAGUGAAUAUAAUGGAAAGAGUUGAGUUUGACUACUUGACCUCAGUGUCUGGCUUUGCCAUUUACUGACCUUGGUAAAAACUGCUAAAUUUCUUCUCUGGAUCUGUAAAUGAGAGACAUCAUAUCAAAUAAUAUCAAGCAUGAAUGAAAUACAAUCGUGUUUUAAAAUGUAUUGAAAACUAAGAUGUUAUCCAAAAUGGAAGGUAUUAUUACUAUAAUUAUCUUUUCAGAAUAGAAAAUAAAGCAUUCUUUAAUUUUGCUCUUGUCUCAGAUGACAAUCAUGGGUGAUGGAGGAAAUGGCACAUCGUUUAUUCUCACUUCCCUGCCUCCCUGAGCUCCAUUUCCCCUGCGUUCAGAAUUGCCUACUGAGUAUAUGAAGGGUGUAGUCAGUGAGCUCAUCAGUAAAUAACAAGACUUCUGAAUCUGACAGAUUAACUCUUUUUAUGGCAGGAUGAUAGAGCAGCAAGAUGGAAGACAAGUGAGGAGUAUCACCUACUUUGAGGUUGGCAGGACAUGGCACAAUUUCAUUAAGUAAGUAAGAAAGUAAGUAAAAGAAAGUCAUACUUGGAGUGGCUCUUAGUGAGUCAGCACCAUUCUGUAGAAACAACAGGAGCACAGAACUGUUAAGAUAUUUAUAAAGUAUCCAAAUAGGUAAAAACACAACUUGAGACCACCCUUAAUGUUGUAGUGAAGAGAAAUCUUAGAGAAGAGAAAUCUUGAUACACUUUGGCAGUGAUAACAACAGAAAAAAGACUGAUCCUGUAAUAGAGAUUGAUAGAACUAGGGUUACUCCAUUAGACAGCAUAAAUGUACGGGCAUGUUUAAGAAUGAAAAAAGUUCACAGCUAAGAUGCUGAAUAACAUGACUAAUAUUUUAAAGCAAACUUGGAAACUUGACAAGCCUAGUCUCUGUGCUUCAGGAAAAGACAGGAGCCUGUACUAGAACAUGAAGGAUUUAGAGAUCAAAGCAAAGCCAGUACUAUGACUAAAUGUUUAGAGAGCAGUGACUAAAUUUUUUAAAUAAUCAAGAUUAGUUUUGUUAAGAGAACUCUUCUGGAGCAGUACAUAUAAUGCCUAUAUAUAAUGAUAUUGCAGUACAUAUAAUGCCUAUAUAUAAUGAUAUAGAAAUUCUUCGUAGAUAACUAAAAAUGGCUACCAACUGCGAGGUAAUAGCAGUGUUAAUGGAUUUUUAGUCAAGUGUGUGGAAAACUAUUUCUGACAAAAGGCUAUUGAAGUCUGAAUCCAUUCUUAGUGAAUCCCAGAGUCAACCUUAGAAGUAUUUACAAGUAAAAUGUCAUCUCCAGAGGGUGUCCACAGAUGUGUCCUGCAGAGGCAUGAGGAUGAUUCAGAUGUCCCUUCACUCAGAACAUAAGGGCCUGUUACUGAGAUCAAGCCUCACAUCUUAUUUUGGGCUUACACAUCUUUUCUGAUUACCAUUGUUUUCCAGUUUAGAAAUCAUGGUAAAAACAAUUUCUAAGCUUGAUUUUUCUCUUGAGACUGUAUCUUCAACUUAGCUCUUAUGUUAGCCUAUACAGCCAACAGAUUGGUUUAAAUGUAUGAUCAAUAUGUGUAUUAUAUCUUUUCAAGGUGUGAAGGGAUCAAAAUAUCACUGACAAUUUUGAACCAGCAUAGAUUUGAGAACUGAUUGCUCGCUUCACACUCAGUGAUGUCCUUUCACAAGCUCUUAAGUUUUUAACUUGACACUGAUUAGAAGAAUUGGAUGUUUAUAUUGCCAUGGGAUCAGUCAUGAAAUUCUCAGCAGCAUUACUUCUUAAGCUUAAACCCUGGAUUCCCCCCGCCAACUAUUUAUUUAUUUAUUUAUUAUAAAAAUUUUCAGACUCACCAUCCAGAUGCUCGUUAGCAUUAACUGUGCUUGCAUUGUCACAUAUCUGUUCCUCCACCUCAUCUAUUCAGAUCAUUUUUUGAUGUAUUUUAAAUUGCAGACAUGGCCUACACUUCAUACUAAAUACUUCAGCAUAUCACAUCAUGAACUAGAGUUUAAUAUUUGCUUACGCUUUUUUAUAGAAAGUUAGCAUACAGUGAAAUGCAUAGAUCUUAAGUGUGCACCCACUGAGUUUUGGCAAAUGCAUACAGUGCUAUCAGUUACCAGAAAAUUUACACGUGCCCAUGUCCAGUCCACCCUUGUGCACACUCCACCCCUGAAAGGCAACCACUGUUCUUUUUUCUAUCAUAAGUCAGAUUUGUCUGUUCUAGAUCUUUGUGUAAAUAGAAUCACACAGCAUGUACUCUUUCUAGAAGUACUGUUUUGGAGAUUUAUCCAGGUUGUUGGGUGUAUUAGUAGUUCAUUUCUUUUUAUUGCUGUGUAGUAUUCCAUUGUAUGACUACAGUGCAGUUUAUUUAUCCAUUUCCUUAUUUAUGAAUACCUGGGCUGUUUCCAGUAUUGGCGAUUAUAAAUAAAGCUGCUAUGAUAAUUGUUAACCUAAGUCUAAUGUGAACAUAGGCCUUUGUUUCUCUUGGGUGAAAACCUAGGAUUAGAAUUUCUGUGUCAUAGGGUAGUUUUAAAAGAAACUGCCAUACCUUUUUUGAAUGUGGUUGUACUGUGUGUUGGAUUUUCACUAUAUUUUUGGAUGUGUAGGAAGGUGUAAACUUCUUUUUAUGGUCUAUAUUUGAAAUACUAGAAGUGGGUUUGGGAUAGAGUUGACAUUGUUCAUGGUUGGCAGUUGGUGUUUUUUGAGGGAAGCAAAUACUUGUCUGCCCUAAACAGUCCCCAGGCUGUUCCUGUACCUUAAAUUUUAGUGUUAGUUUCACUUUUUGAGAGAUUAAAGCGCUUACUCAAGCAUGGUGAUGUGUUAGCUAGAUGAAACCACAUUGAUUUGUUUGUGCUACUGACUUUUGCCACUCAUUUUCAGUAGUUAAAAUAAGAUUGCUAAUUGAACAGAGAAGGUUAGGUCUGUUUAAUGGGGGCAGAAGGGUUAAUAAAAAACAGGUACAACUAGUCAGUCCCAGGUACAGCAGUGUGAGAGAACCAUCGGACAGGGGAUUCCCCCAAAUGGUGGUGAAGAAACCAGAAAACUGGCUGGGAAGAAUUCUACCUCACAGUUGUGCAUAGAGGAUAGCUAUGUUUUUGUAGGACAUUUUAGGAUUUACAAAUCAUGUUUUCAGUGUUGUCUUUUUAUUCAGUACCGCCCAACUAUAGUUGUUUCACACCCUAGUGACUUACCCACUGUGUUUUACCCUUCUUUCCUGUUCUAUUACACUAAACAGUUACCUGUAUAAACCUGUAAAAUUAUAAUAAUGUUUAUGUUUCCAAUGCUCAUGUUCAAAGACAUUUAUGUACGGUUCAUCCAGUCUUUCCUAUUCAACUUUUAAGGGCUGGGAUAUUUGGCUUCUACUGUAAAUCCUUAUUAUGUUCUAUACAUUGUAAAUGCAAUAAAAUGUUAAAAAACUAUAAUUAAUGGCAGCAGAUUUUGAUAUGUAUUUAUUUGAUAUGUUAUCACUUUGGAUAAUAAGUUUGGUUUCUGUUAAUAAAGAUUGUUCAUAAAGU